CAUGUCCUUACUUCCCUUUACUGGUGCCAUGUCCUUGCUGAAGUCCCUUUCCUUCCGAACAUCAUGCUCACCGCAGUACAGAGCUGUUCAUCCACUCCAGUGCUGCCCUGUAAGCACUAAUCAUUGCAAUGGACACCAUGAGUCAAUGACAUGCAGCUCCCCCUGCCUGCAGGCGUUGCGACCGUCCGUCCCUGCCCCGCGGGCAGCAGGUCGAAAGUGGAGCUGGGCCUCCCUGCUGCGGUGGCAGCCGAGAGAAGAGGACCGUCACGACGAUAGAGACGUCCAGGUGGUGCAAGAGGCGAAGGUACAGUACGAGAGUGUUCCGUCCCUUGCGUGUCAGCAAAUCUCUCUUGCUUGCCUCAGGAGCACAGUGCGGUCAGUUGCUUAGCUUUCAGCCCGUUGCUGCCCGUGGAGGAAGAUCCGCAAGAACCGCCGCACUAUCUCGUUGCUUGCGGCUGCCAGGAUGGCCACGUCACUCUGUACAAGUGUGUGUGCAGCGAGUUUGACCUGGCGUACCUCGGUGCAUCGACACCGCUGGAAGCAUACGCCAAGCCGCACUCCCCCGUCGCCACCCUUCACAGGAUAUUGUUCGGCCAUUUGGCGGCAAUCACGUCUUUGGUGUUUCUGACCGAGACUGACCCGCCCGUGCGGCUGUAUACCACGUCCAUCGAGGGCGUGGCCUUCCUUUGGGACGUGGAGAGAGGUGAGACACGAAGAAUGCACACCCACUCAUUCACUGCCUGUUGUCCGGCUCGUUCAGGCAUCCCGCUGCGGCAUUGGCGAGCGGGGCCGAUAAUUGGAGCAGAGCUUGUUUGUGUGGACCUCUCCUCGCCUGUGGUCGCUUUUAUCACGGCCGACGGCAACUUCCACUGCGUCGAUGUCAAUCGUGGAGAUAUGAUAAACAAACUCCAAUUGGGUGGUCAGCUCAGAUGUCUGGCGAUAGAUGAUGUGACCGGCAGCUACGCAUUCUGCGGUGGCCUGACGGGGAGGGUGACGGCAGUGCGAAUCGCCCUCUCGCCCAAGGGGAGACACCACACCAUCCGCGCAACCCUCACCAAAAGGAUAUCGAAGGGCUCGCUUACUUGCUUGUCUUUCGUGGGCGGCGAGGGGGAGCACUGCAUCUCUCCGGGUCCCUUCCUCAUUGCCAACACGACUGACGCGUCCCUCGUCAUUGUGGAUUGUGUCUACCAGCCAUUGGCGAGGCGGAAGGACACCACUGGCGAGAGGAGGCGCGUGUGGGUGCUGGUGGAUCUGAUUGUCAGAAGGCGGCUUGAGGUACAGCUUUCCCGUCAUGCUGGCUGGCUGGCUGGGCUUUGAUGUCUCCUUCCUGCUGUGUGAUAAUGCAUGCACACAUGCAGCUGGUACAGAUGAGGCUGCCCAUUCGUCACACGUACACGAGCUACGGUGGCACCUAUGUCGUUUCGGCAUCGGAAGACAAAACGGUCGGCAACCAAACACACGGGAAGUCCACCGUGCACCCCCUUCUUUGGUGUUCAGGUGACGGUGUACUCACUCAGCCUCCACGGUGACCUGCGCUGUACCUCACUGCAGCACCACAAGAGCCCGGUUCUCUCGGUUGCCCUGUCUCCGCCAUCCACGCUGCUUGUCUCGGGCGACACGUCAGGAAACCUCGCCUUCUGGAGAAGGCUGACGUUCACACAGCAAACACAGAGCACGUGCCAGUCACAACACUCCCUCCCCACCCCCAUACUGACGGGCCACUCUUUCUCUUCCCCCGAGGCGGCGUCGACGCCCUUCAAGGGCGCAUAUUCGUGCACUGAGGACGAGAGUGAACAUGCGGUAUUUGUGAUAGGUGAGGCGGAGCCAGAUGAUCACGAGGCAAGGCGGGAUGGGGAGGGGGGAGAGGAGGGGCAGAGACGGAGGUCGAGGGUGGAGGAGGUGGAGGAUGGGUGGGUGUGAAAGGAGGCGAUAGGGCAUGUGGCUCAAGGCCGGUAUGUG